AUGGAGAGUGAAGAGGAUAAGGAAAUUAUUAAUAUUGGGAGAAUGGCACUUUCUGCGAGGGUUUAUCCUGAGCAUAUAAUUGAGGAAAUAAAAGUGAUGAAAAGUACAAAAGGAAUAAUUUUAUAUGGAGACGGGAUUAAUUAUAAAGUUGUAGGGGAUAAGCUUGCAAAAAAAUGACAUGAUAUAUAGGGGCUGACCCUUUUUAGGACAGUAGAGUUAUAAACUGGUCAUAAACAGUUUUCUAUUUCCCAGUCAGAAUAGGAAUUAGUAAGACUAGUAAAUAAGUUUACUGGUGCUCUAAAUGCCUUUAAGUCUAUAACUGUUGUUAAAAUUAUUAAUGGUUUAGAUGUUUAUAAUGAAAAUUUUGAGCAACAAAUUUUGAUGAUUUUUCAUGAUGCGGAAAAUGACCAAAGAUUACAGGAUUGAAGAAACCUUCAUAUCAUUGUUAUUGGCCAUUUUGAAGCUAUUUUUGGAGCUAAUAAUAGUGAAUUAGAAGCUGAGAAAAUUGCUAAAAAUUUAAUUAUCUUGAAGCAAGAGGAACUAGAUAAUAUUUUGAUUGUUGGUAUAGUAAAUAAUAAAAAUGAUAUUGAUGAAAACAUUUUAACACAAGGUAAAUUUGAUGUGGAAAUAGAAUUUGGAGCUUCAUAA